AAGAUUCAAGGGGGCCGAAUACUUUUGCAAGGCACUGUAUUUACCUGACAUGUUUCGGCGAAUACUUCUCCCUUCGGACCCUCCAUCGAAUGCGGAAGUGUUUGCCGAAACAUGUCAGGUUGAUAAAGCACCUACUAUUGCCUGGGAUAAAAGAAAAGUUUUGACGAAAAGUUUUGACGAAUCCCCGAUCAUGUUGUGGAAUGAACAGAAGCUAGCGACGUUAGCUUUUAUUUACCGAACAUGUUUCGGCCAACACUUCCGUCUUCGGACCCCUCUGACGAAUGCGGAAGUGUUCGCCGAAAUGUCAGGUAAAUAAACCACCUACUAUUGCCUGAGAUAAAAGAAACGUUUUGACCAGCUUAUAAGCGUAGACAAAAUGAACUCAAUACAACUAUGAUCGGGGAUUGCCACGAGUUAGCUUUCGGCUAACGUCGCUCGCUUCUACUGUUCAUUCCACAACACUUGGCAGCUCUGCUUUGACAAAGUCAUCAGUCAUCUAUACAAAAAUCACACUUUUUGGCGAAUCCUUGAUCAUAAGCAGACCCGGUUGAGGAAGCAGGCAUCUUCGAAGUGUUUGCAGCAGAGAACACUACUCUAUGAUGGCUUGAAAUUCAUUCGCUUCAUGCGAACAAAAGAUGUCCAUUUACGUGCCCUGCUAUCCUUGGCCACUCAUACAAGUUUUCUUUGGAUUGAGAACAAUACAUCGCCACACACCGCCGUGGCGGACUUCCCUCGCAGUUCUCGGUGUGACGUAAUUUCCGAAGAUUGUCGAAGAAAAGUAUUUUCGUUGCCUAGGGCAUUGCUAUGGGUUAAACAAAGAAUCUGGAAGGGUUUCGUUAAAAAUAACGAAAAUUAUGCUUAUAAUUGUUUAGCCAUUGAUAUUAUUCAAAAACAUGGUUGGCCAACCUUACUUCACAUUUGGUCUUUUAUAGGGAACCACGGACAACUUGAAGUUCAUAAAAGAUAAAUGUUAGUAUGAGUUAUAAUAAUGUUGAUAUUACCACCUCUUAAUAUUUUAUAAAAUUUGAAAAAUUAAUUUUAGUAGGUUGCCAUUGUUGUGGAUGAUGCAAUGCACUCACUGGGCAGCGCUGCCCUAUUUCCACAGUGUCACUCAUUGGCAUUAACAGCGUUAGCGUUAACAUGUCGGUUCUGCCCUUCCAAUUUGAACCUGAGCAGAACAUUAAUGAGAAGGACUUCACGUGCAACAGAUGAGCGCGUAGACCACAGGACUAUACUUCUGCGUGACAUUAGUCAUGAUUUUCAUGAUAAAGCAAUCGCAACCCACGUGUGUUGUCUGUCUGUGCAGUAAAACCUGAAAGGUAAACGCAACUGAAAAAGUGCAGCUGGCUUGGCCACCGAAUUAGAAAACGCGGCUCACUUCAGACAGAAGUAGACAACAAUAACAUAGGGAUUGGGUGAAAGCCUUUAUUCUACACAAAAAAAAAAUAGGAUCGCGUAAAGGGAGACCCAAAAAGGGUUCGUGACAGUAGGUCUGAAUCAAUUUUUAAAAAAGAGGGAAAACCGCAGUGAGAGGCAGACAAACGAAAAAAACAAGGCAAUGAUGCAACUAGCAACGAAGGGAUAUACAAACUGUCAAAUGGCAGCAAGUCAAUAUCUUGGCAAGCCGCUGAGGAUCGGUUUAAGACACUGCUGAUCAGCUGGAAUUGGAUGCAGGUACGACACCAGGAACUCAUCCCGCAGCUCCGUUACAAAAAAACUGGCCAGCAGCAGAACAAGACAAAAUCAUGCCAGUCGUUACGCCUUAAAUCGAAACCAGCAGCAGAUUAAGGAUUUGGCUCACAUCUGUAACCCUAAAGGAUCCACCUAAAAGAUUGCCUGUUUUUUCUUAUCGCUUGUUGAUCGUUUGUGGACAAACUUCUAACAAUCUGUACAGCCUGUGUUCACAUGAGGUGUAGAUUGAUACGCCGCCCACUUGAGUGACCAAAAUGAGGCGAAAUUACAAAUAAUAUUACAGUUACCGAAUGCAGAAGCUGACACAGAUGAUAUUGUUAAAAGACUACAAGGUAUUUUUCAUCUGGUUUGAUUGUAGUAUAUUAUGAACUCAUCGCAGAUGUACAUAUAAACACAAAUAGUAUGUCAUUCUUUUUUUUGCUGAUAUUGAUUGCAAUAAAAUUUUUGGACAAAAUGAUUCCAUUUCUUGUUUUAUUUCAAACGAUUGGUGUAUGUGCAAAACUGGUCAAUAAAUCACAAUUUGUAAAAUAGAAAAAUAUUAACAAAGGAGGAGCAAAAAUUGAGUCUUCCAUCAUCAAAGUAGAAUGCACGUAGUCUCGAUAUAUGUCCAUCAUCGUACAGUAGGUGUUGCUGUGAGGCACAUUGUUAUCUUCCCUUGACCAACAGCGUUUUCCACCUGUAAACGAACAAAAAACGUGCAACACUUAAGUUUAUGUAUUCGGGGUAAAAAAAAACAAAAAAACAUGCAUGACUUGUGGUAGAUGAGUGUUUUCCUUUUUUUUUUUUCGUUGAAGCUAAUGCAAAGCUAAUGAUGUCUCAGCUGUGAAGCAACACAGAAUUGUAGUCAAAUUGACCAUAAUUGUACCUGUUAUUGCUUUGUGGUGGCACUUGCCACGUUUACAUGGAGCCAAAUAUUCCAAUUACAAUCGGAAUAUUUGUUCAAACCGAAUAAAUGUGUUCCAUAUAAACACCUCAUUCGGAAUGAACAGGCCCAAACCGAAUGGAAUUUCAUCCCGAUUCACAGGGGUGGAAUAUUCCUUUUCCCAAACCGAUUAGAAGUAAAAUUAUAUCAUGUAAACAGGGAAGCGGAAUGGUGUCUGGUUGCGUUCUUUCUGCACAUGCUCCGGACUGACGGACUUUAGAUGUGAUGUUUGUGAUCUUCAUGUGAUGUAAAGCACUUUGAAUUGCCUUGUGUUGAAUUGUGCUAAAUAAAUAAAUUUGCCUUGCCUUGCCUUACCCAAUCGUGUCGGGUAUUGCGACGGAUUGCUACUGCGCUUGCGCAAACCAACGCCAUUUUCUCCUGAGGGAUGACGGGAGAUAUUGAUAUGUAUGUGUCGAUUUAAAACGAUUAAACAAAGAAAAAAAACAUAUUUUUUUUCAGGGGUAAAAAAAAUCCAAUGAUUAUGCCAUAGAUAGAAUUAGUGAUGGCAACUUGAAACUGAAACUUCAGAACGUGCUCCGAACCUAUGACGUUUGUUUUCAGUGAGCCACUGCUCCGGAAGCACUCUCUUGACCUAUCCGGGACUUGUCGUUCUUUUGUGUUCCCUUCUCCUAACCAAACGAGCUCCUUCAAAGUAUUCUCAUUGGUAUGUACCAAAAUAAGAAUUUAGUGGACUAAAACAUCCCAACUUGAAGCUUAGCGGAAGUCGUGUGGCUUUAUGUUGGAGCUUUUCAGGCUUACAUAACUUUGUUUUGUUUAGCUUAGCUCGCUAGCCAAAACAAAACGCAUUGCGAUUGCUUUAGCUUAACGCCACUUGAAAUUUUUGUUUUAGGAGUGGUCGCUCGGUUAACAUUGGAGUGAUUACAUUUAAUAGAAUGAGACGCUCUUCGACUUGUUUUAAAGGCCAACGCAAUCAAAAACAUCACGCUAAAGAAUAGAGACGUGGAAGACGAGGAGAGGAAAUCCAGGCCACGACGAGAAGCUGAAAAACAAUAGAAGAUGAGGUAUCCCGCAGACGUCACUAUGAAAGAGCUUCACCCUCAGAAGCCCGAUCCCCUCCACGUUAAACAGGAGGAGUCGGAGAUGCCGUACAUCAAACAGGAGGCGGAGCCAGAGACCCCCAGGAUUAAAGAAGAACAGGAAGAAGAAAUCUCCAAGUUUCCAAUGACUGUCAUUGUGAAGAAUGAAGAAGAUGAAGGUCCAAGCGAAGAGAGCGGAGUAGCGAAACCUUCGGGCGACUGCGCAUUUCAACACCCGACAACAAAAGGAGAGGGACGAUCGCAACCUGACGACGUCACAGUGGAAGAUCUUCACCUGGAGAAGCACGAUCCUCUUCACGUUAAAAAUGAGGACUCGGAGAUGCUGUACAUCAAACAGAGGGCUGAGCCAGAGACCCCUAACAUUAAAGAAGAAAAACAGGAAAAUGAAAUCCCCAAGUUUCCAAUGACUGUUAUUGUGAUGAGUGACGAAGAUGAAGCUCCAUGCGAAGAGAGCAGAGCAGCGAAACUAGGGAGCAGUAACUUGUUUCAACGCCUGACAACAAAAGACCUCACAGUGGGAGAUCUUCACCCGGGGAAGCACGAUCCCCUCCACGUUAAGGAGGAGGAGUCGGAGAUGCCGUACAUCAAACAGGAGGCAGAUAUAGAAAGCCCCAGCAUUAAAGAAGAACGGGACGAUGAAAUCCCCAAGUUUCCAAUGACUGUCGGUGUAAAAAGCGAAGAAGAUGAAGGUCCAAGCAAAGAGAGCAUAGCAAGUAAACUAGCAAGCUGUAAAUUGUUUCAAAACCUGACAACAAAAAUUGAGGAACGAUCGCAACCAGAUGACGUCUUAGUGCCGCUGUUGGACAGCGACGACAUAACAUCACACUCUUCUGACUUCACCGACGAGGAGGAUGCUGACUUUGAGCAAAAUGCGUCGAAAUCCUUAAACAAGUCAUCACUGAAAAGAGAUGCAAAAGAAUACGCGGAUGGGAAACCUUUUCCCUGCUCACAUUGCGAUAUAACAUUCACUACCGAGGAAAAUUUAAUCAUACACGCGCAUACACACACUGGAGAAAAGCCUUUUCUCUGCACAUUUUGUGGUAAAAGAUUCACCCAGAAGGGACAUUUAAAAAGACACAUACAAACACACACUGGAGAGAAGCCUUUCGCCUGCUCUAUUUGCGAUAAAAAAUUUUGUAUGAAGCAACAGUUAACAAGACACCAGAUAACACACGCUGAAGAAAAGCCGUUUGUCUGCACGUUUUGUGGUAAAAGAUUCGCCCAGAAGGGAUAUUUAAAAAUACACACAAGAUCACACACUGGAGAGAAGCCAUUUGUCUGCUCUCUUUGCGAUAGAAGAUUUCUUACGAAGCAAUCGUUAACAAAUCACGCGAUGACACAUACUGGAGAGAGGCGUUUCGUCUGCACAUUUUGCGGUAAAAGAUUCACCGGGAGCGGAAGUUUAAAUAGACACACUCGAACACACACUGGAGAGAAGCCUUUCGUCUGCUCUCUUUGCGAUAAAGGUUUUUGUACGAAGGUAGACUUAACAAAACACACGCGAACACACACUGGAGAGAAGCCUUUCGUCUGCACAAUUUGUGGUAAAACAUUUGCCGCGAAAAGAGAAUUUAACGUUCACACGAGAACACACACUGGAGAGAAGCCUUUUGUCUGCUCUCAUUGCGAUAAAAGAUUUUGUUCAAAGCGAGGGUUAACAAAACACACGAGGACACACACUGGGGAGAAGCCUUUUGUCUGCAAAUGUUGUGGUAAAGGAUUCACCCAGCAGGGAAAUUUAAAUGUACACAAAAGAACACACAGUGGACAGAAGCCUUUCGUCUGCUCUCUUUGCGAUAAAAGAUUUUCUACAAAACAAACGUUGACAAAUCACGCACGCAUGCACACCAAGUAAAAGAUUCACCCAGAAGAAAGAAUUAAAUGACUACGCAAGAACACACACCAGGGAGAAACAUUGCACUUGCACUGUGUGCUGUAAAAACCUCUUAACUCAUUACCCUCCACGCCGCACUAUUGAGGAUGCCGACGUCCCCUUGAUUCCUGUGGGCCAUAACCAGCGGCGUGGGAAGUGGGGUGCUGCAGCACCCCCUGGUGAUAGGGGGGAAAAAAGUGUUUUGGUAGAAUCUUGCUUUUUAUUAAAAAACAUUGAAAUCAUAGCUUAUAUCACUAUAUUUAAUUGAUUUAAUACAUACCGUAAUUUCCCGAAUAUAAGGCGCACCCGUGUAUAUUGUGCACCCCAAAUUUACUUGUAAAAUCUAGGGGAAAUUAUUUUCCCCGUUUAUAACGCGCGCCCUAGUUUUAGCACCAAUAAAUAGAAGAAUACAAGAAAACAGCUCGUGUACAGAUACAGAAAUGUCAUUUCACUGACUGGUGAAACACAGCACAAGCAUAGAACAUUGGUAGUUCAAAACAUUACCAUAAACUGACAAUAUUUACGGUAAUAAUAUGAUUUGACAACUUCUCCAACUUACCCGAAUAUAGGAGAAAACAAAACAUGUGACUUUUCUUUUAAAGGCUGCUGUAUAACUUGCUCGUUUCAUCAUGAUUAAUAAAUGUUUCUUCCUUGGAUUGAUACGGUAAAAUGAAAGUGAGAACGUUUAAGUCGGAAAUCCGUGAGAGCUCAUCGCUGUCAACACGACCGUAACAAUAGGAACUACCGUAUUGUUAUAUGGGUUUGAGUUUCCCGAUGGACAGAUAUAGUUGACGGACACACACUUCCUGUGUGUUGUUACGUUUGUUAUCGUCCGAGUUGCGGAGCUGCAAUAAACGUUGACUCAAAUGAGUUCAAGAAACUAAAUUCUGUGCUUUACAAAGAGUGAAAAAAGCAGAAUUUAACACAGAUGAAAUUAUUCGGCCGAUUAGAGUGAAGUAUUACCAAAACAAAAUGGUAACGUCACGAACCGUAAUGGUCGGCAACGGGUCGCCGCAUACGUUUCUUCAACACAACGUGGCCGUGUCAAUUAAAAAAAAUCAGUUUAUAUAUAUAUAUAUAUAUAUAUAUAUAUUUCUGUCUCCAUCCAUGUACCGCUUUAUAAUGCGCACCAUGAUUUUACAAGUUGAUAUUGGGGGGAAAAAAGUGCGCGUUAUAUUCGGGAAAUUACGGCAUUUGUUGGAAAGGUUUUUUUUUUUGUUUUUGUUUUUUGUUUUUUUUUUGUAAAUAGCAUGGUAACCACCUGACACCUUGCUUGCUACCGGUGUUCUGCCAAAAUAUCUUACACUGGCGAAACGUCCUCCAAGAGGGAUAAUUUGACACCCAAAAUACUACAACGUGCUUUCAACAUGUUUUGUUUAGAUGCAAUCAGACAGAACAUACUAUAACUUAAAUGUAGAUUUUUUUGACAAAAACAAAAUUUUCUAAAAUUUAAAUUGAGGUCAUAAAUGAAUAUGAUUAAAGUUCUAUUCACUUUGGCUGUCUUCAAAUAGGUAGGCUGAGAAAUGCUUGCAUUGUAGCCAUAUUAUUGUUUGUUGCUGUUAAGCUGCCGCCGUGCAGAGCGCUGUUGGAUAUUCGUAUGCAAUUUAUUUUUGUGUUGUUAAAAAGGGGGUUUUAAACUGAUGCUGAUUGGCCCUUUCAGUUGUUUUUUUUAAAUUAAUUUUUUAUUUAUUUAUUUAUUUUCCCUUCAGGCAUGACAAAUCCAAAGAAACAUACAGCAUUUAUAUGUGUUUACAAUUAAUUCAACCCGAAAAGAAAAGGGCUGACGGGAGAAGCCGAAGCUUAUUGAAACCCGUCCCCAGUAUACAAUAAAGGACGCAGAAAAUAUCACAUAUCGAAUUUUGGACAUUCAGAUUUCGUAAUAAUCACAAUUUUUUUUUUUUUUUUUUUUAAAUAAUAACCAUCCCCUCUGAUUGUUCAUUUUCCCAAUAGUCCAUAGUCGAUCGAUGUGCUCUUUAUGUUGAUUAGAUCCAGUAGACUAGUUCAUAAUUUAGUACUUAGUUUAUUCAGUUGAAUCGAUCCAGAAGAUAGGGAAUAGCUGAGGACCGAUGGUAGGCCGUGUCCGCCACACUCCUUUUGUUGACUUAAUCCUCGUCGCAGUUUUUGUUCCUUGCUGACUCCCGACGAACGUUCAUCUCAAGGUUGCGCAGCUUCGUAGUAGGUUGCAUCGCCAUUUCAGUUGUGGACUCAUGGCCUGGGGGACUGGCGUCGCUAGGUCCUUAACGUGUCUGUGUGCCAUUGCGCCGUCGAGCUGCCCUAAUUUGUGUUAUAAUACACCGGAGCAGUGGCGUCGUUAGGCCUAUUAAUAUUCUUAACGGGUAUUAUAAUACAAAGGGGCUGUUAGAUAUCAAAAGAACUGUUAUGUAGCAAGAUAACAAAUAUUAAGAAAGUAACCAAAAAAAUAAAUCACAUUCAUGAGCAAUUAUCGAAAAUAGAUCGAACAUUUCCGAAAGUAUUCCGGAAACAGCCGAAUAGGGCGGAGACGUCACAACAAGGAAACAAAAGGUCGAGGCAGGUGCCAUCGUUGUUCAUCGACGAGAGAGUUGUGUUCGUGUUUUAUCAAAAAGUCGCUAAAAUGGUUCAAACCAGUCAUGCUAUGUUGUGUACAAAUAGCCAUUUGUCGCAAUUUAGUACCCAUGAGUUCCCGGACGCGAGAAAAAGAGCUGGACUAUGCAGACAGUGAGUAAAGUUCGUCCGUGCUAAGAGGGCUAAUUUUGCAGACCCAGCCGCCGGCACGGUUUUGUGUGGUCCGCAUUUUACACCUGAAAGCUAUUCGAACUAUGGACAAAUGAAAUCAGGUUUUGAUAAGAAAUUGCUGCUGAAAGCAGAUGCGGUGCCCACCAUACACGCGCAGCCACCUAAAUGUCCCGAGAUAUCAAGAAAGAGGACGAUGAUGACUGGCUCUGAUGAGACCACCCCACCACCCCAGGCUAACCAAAGGAGCGGAGCAGCCAAGCUCGAAAUGGCCAGAGUACUCUUUUAUAAUAAAAAAAACACGCAUUGGAUAUAGGACUGGACACGUGUAUAAAUGAUCGCUCGUAAAAUAUAUAGAACAAAUCCUCUAAUCCCAUUCAUAUUUGUGUCUGUUGGCAGAGUGAAAACCUAUGAUAGCACAAUAAAUGAUGAUAAUUCUAUACAUUAUUUUGCGGUCCCGGUGUAUCAGCUUCACAAAAAGAAAUGCAAAACAAACCAUUCGGUGUUUCCCACACGAUCUGUUGCCGGUGUUUCAUCAGUGUGAUUGUUCCCUUCAAUGGUCCUUUCAUUAGGCUGCAUUGGCUUUCGUUUGGGCUCAAAUUGAUAACCCAAAACAUCUAAAACAGGUUCAUAACUCUCCUCGUCACCAUUAGAAGAACGUUCGUUGCGUCGGAUUCGUCGCUGCAAGUAGAAACAAAAUUGUCCGCCAUUCAGUACUAAGCACUGAGCCGGCUGUUUCCCGAAAGUGACGUCACGCACACAAUAUGCUAGAUUUCCAGCAUCUCGGGGGCGGGUCCUUUUAGUUUGACAAUCGAUCCAAAUUUCUAUCAUUUUCUUGGUGUUGCGAUGUGUGUAAUUACACGAAGUGGCAUGAUAUGAAUCCAAAAGGCAUGCGUUUAUGGAUAAAUGAUGGAAUAUUAGCAUUUCCCCAGGUGUUGUAAUACCCUUCAAUCCCCCCUUAAUAAUUUGGUGUUAUUUCAAAAAAAAAAUGCUGACAUAUUCACGAUGAAGUUGACAGAAUAUUAGUUUAAAUCAAUAAUCAUAUAACCUGUCUUUAUUAACUGUGAUCAUAAAUCUGUCUGUUUCCCCUCACUUCAUAGAGUAAGGUAGAGAGCACCAUCAGUGCGUCAUUAACCAAUCCAUUCUACUUGUUCGUAUCGAAAACCCCAUCACUGAAAAUCCAGUCCUCGUUUUUCCUGUUUCCCAGUUUGUACCGGCAUUGUGUUCUGUGUACCUCUGCCGCACACAUAAAAGCAUAGCGUGAGUAGAUGGAUGAAAGAUAGACACAUGUUGUUUUUCUCAAGAAAGUGAGUAUUUAUCACAGCUGGUAGUAACAGCUCCAGCUAACAGCACAAAGUCACAUCUAAUUAAUAAACCAAAUGCUCAGUGUUUGAUAUGAUAAAUAAAAACCUGUCAUAUACACUACAGAUAAUCUCUGCGCACAUUUGACCUUUGUUGUUUUGCGGUCAAAGGUUACAUCCCAGCUAUAGAAUAAAUAACGCUGCUACUUAGCUGCUGCUCGCUAGUUAGCCUGAAAUGCAUUGUAAAGGUCCUAGUAGAGUUAAGUGUGCACUGUUUUUACCACUAUCUUUGGGUUGACUUCCUUCUGGAGCAUCAGCUGUGUUUCUUACUUUAUGCAUAGAUGAGUAUUGAGUACAGGAGGUGAGCUCAUUUACGUAUGAUUAUCAUCAGUGGAUAGUCAUAAUAAUACACUAAAAAUAUCAAUCCACCACCUUAUUGACCUGUAGGAAUCAGAGCAGAGGAGCAAAAAGGGUGACAGGGUAGAGACCUCCACUAGCAAGGUGAGUAGGAGAGUAAUAAUUAGAAAGUGGAGGAAGCCAAUAAGAUUAUAUAUAGUAUACACACACCCCAACAUAAGCAUAUACAGCGGGGUAAAUAAGUAUUUAGUCAACCACUAAUUGUGCAAGUUCCCACUUGAAAAUAUUAGAGAGGUCUGUAAUUGUCAACCUAGGUAAACCUCAACCAUGAGAGACAGAAUGUGGGAAAAAAAACAGAAAAUCACAUCGUUUUAUUUUCAAAGAAUUUAUUUGCAAAUCAUGGUGGAAAAUAAGUAUUUGGUCAAUACCAAAAGUUCAUCCCAAUACUUUGUUAUGAACCCUUUGUUGGCAAUAACGUAGGCCAAACGUUUUAUGUAACUCUUCACAAGCUUUUCACACACUGUUGCUGGUAUUUUGGCCCAUUCCUCCAUGCAGAGAUCCUCUAGAGCAGUGAUGUUUUGGGGCGGUCGUUGGGCAACAAGGACUUUUGGGGUCCCACACCGUGACGGAGACAAUAAUACUACCAGCCUGCAAAGCCAUUGUCUGCGAGAUGUUCGGCCCUGCUGUGAUUAAAGUAGAGAUGUCCCGAUCCGAUAUUUGGAUCUGAUCGGACGCCGAUAUGGGCAAAAAAAUGCGGAUCGGUAUUGGAUCGGCCGACACGGAAAAAUUCCGAUCCAGACUUCCGAUCCAGUUUUUUUGAAAAUAUGGUCCGGGUUUUCCAGCUUACAGAUGUACAUAAUCGGUAAGCAGUUUUUGCUUUGGUUUCCCUAAAAUCCGGACCACAUUUUACGGCACACCUUCAACACACGACAUUACCGUCUCCCAUUUUACCGAGAGACUUUAUCUGUAAAAAUGUCAGCUGUGUGGGAUCAUUUCGACAAAGACGAAGAGGCAGAGUGCAACAUAUGCCACAAUAAAGUCAAGCGUGGUGGUAAAGCUGUAAGAAGUUUUAAUACAACCAACCUAAUCACGCAUUUAGCGACAUACACAUGCAUUGAAAACUAGGUGCGUUAGUAAACAGCCGCCAUCUUAAAGCAGGAGACUUCCCUUGUAGGCUGUUGUAGUGAACCUUCCAAGCGAACCUAAUUAACUUUUUAUCUAAAACGCUCCUAAAUCGGCAAAAUCUUGACUUGAAUCUAUCUUCAAAACAGUUUUAAAACUUUUACAUGUCAAUAGUUGUCAGAAGGGAAAUUAUGGAAUAACGGGAGCAAUUUUAACAUCUUUAAAAGUUGAUUAGCAAAAUUAAAUUAAUUGAAUUUCGUUCAAAGCUGCUGAUACAGAAAGGGGACUUGAGUAUUUUACUUACUGUUUUAAAAUGUUAACUUGAUACGGAAAUUGUUAUUUAAACCUGAGAGGCUUUUUAUACAUUUUUUUGUAACUAAUGCACGAAACAUUAAAAGCAUCUAACAGCUUGUGGGGUUUGUGGGAUUUUCCACUGACAGUUUACAAUAUUAUUUGCACGUUUUACUGACUGACUAUGCCAUUUCUGUUUGUCAUUUAUAAUGUUUUGUGUUUGUCACUGAAUAAACAGGUCAGUUUAUUGUUACCAACCAUUGUGUGGGCUAUUUGUCAUCAAGAGUACUAAAACCCUUUUCAACAUGAGUCUGACAACUAAGUAAGGAGGCUAGAUAACUUUAAACUUUAAUACAUGCUCAGAUAGGCCGGUAUCGUAA